AUGACGCUUGUAGAAACCCGACGACGCGAAGGUCGAGAGUUGACCUAUCAAGACUCGUUAUGGGACGAUGACUGGUGGUACCGAGAUUGGGAAGAUUGGCCUUUAGACUGGCCACACUAUGACUUUUUUAGUUUCUGA